CCAGUUCCUUUUGAACACUUCCACCUCUUUGAAUAAUAAGUUUCUUGAUCUGUACUUUUCAGAGGUUUCCUUUCUCUGAUAAUUCUGCUAUCAAAUUAAGAUCUACAUAAGGUCUGCGACACAUAUAUUAAUAUCAUAAUCAUACAAUAACACCUAAUAAGUUUGAUAAACGUACCUCAAGGAGCUCCAGCUACAACCAGACAAGAUGAUCAAAUCCACGCAAAUUGCCAGGCUGGAUGGGCUUAUGUUAUGCGCCUCAGUUGACGACGAGCAGACUGAGGCUUCCCUGGCAGAGAUCAAGUCACAAGUCAAGAUGGUUCUCCGAAAAAUGAAUCGAAAUUCCGCCGAUCAAGCAACUCUCGAUAGUGGUCCAUAUACUUUGCACUAUAUGAUUGCCAACGACAUCGUUUUUCUCUGCAUUUGCGAACGCUCAUACCCACGCAAGCUUGCAUUCACAUACCUCUCUGAUCUUUGCACCGAAUUCAACACCACCUACCCCGCCACUCAAGUACACUCUCCGACCUUACGCCCAUAUGCCUUCAUGGAUUUCGACACGUUCAUUUCGCGGACAAAAUCCACAUAUUCCGAUACACGAGCAACACAGAAUCUUGACAAGCUUAACGAUGAACUCCGAGAUGUUACCAAGGUUAUGACCAAGAACAUUGAAGACUUGCUUUACAGAGGAGAUAACCUGGAGCGUAUGGGGGAGGUCAGUAGCAGAUUGAGAGAAGACAGCAAGAAAUACCGCAAAGCUGCCGUAAGAAUCAACUGGGAACUAAUGUUGAAACAAUAUGGACCAAUUGGUGGAUUGGGACUCUUCAUGAUCAUCUUCAUCUGGUGGAGAUUCUUCUGAUCCUUUGAGUGCUUAUGGAUAAAGUCGCGUAAAAAUGGGGUUUGGAGAGGCGUUAGUGAUGUACAUGAAAGGAGUUCUCGAAACCAGCGGCGGCAGCUUUUGCUUCCAUGUAUAAUGAUUCCCAAUAAAUCGCAAUUUGUCUUACUUGAA